AUGGCCACAAAAGUAGCAGCAUCCGCGGCGGUCGAUUUCUCCCGCGUCUACUCUUCUCUCGGUCUCGGAAAGGAAACCAUUGCCUCUCUGCAAGCUUUCCGCAAACGGCACUCCGAAGCUCAAAGACUUCAUGCGCAAUACUCUGGGCAGCCAACAACUGUAGACCUCGCUCGUUACCGUUCUAUCCUCAAGAACACGGCUAUCGUCGAUGAAGCUGAGAAGCUGUUGAAAGAUUUCAAGCCUGUCACCUACGAUGUCUCAGCACAUGUCAAGGCCAUAGAAACUUUCGAGGCCAAGGCUGUCGAGAAGGCCAAGGAGACGGAAGCCAAAAUCGACAUCGAAUUGAAGGAGCUCCAGGCAACUUUGGCUAACAUCGAGGAAGCACGACCAUUCGAGGAUUUGACGGUGGAGGAUGUUGGUGCAGCCCACCCUCGUAUUGUAGAAGCCGUUGAGACCAUGAUGAAGAAGGGCAAAUGGACAGUGCCAGGAUACAAGGAGAAGUUCGGAGAUCUCAACAUGAUGUAA